UUGCUCUUAUCUCUAUCAAGUUAAUAAAUCAAAUUAAAUUCCCUAGCAUUUUUAUGACUCCAAUGUCGGAAUAUCAAAACGCAAGAUAUUGGUGACUUCAUGUUUCACAUUCGUAAAGACGAUCAAUCAGGCACGGCAAGGAACAUCAUAGCUACUUUUCUUCAUUUUAUCUUAUUAAAAACGUAACAUGUGAUACCGCGGAGAUAAUUAAAUAAAUUUAUUAUGCGAGAAAGAGAGAGAGAAAGAGAGAGAGAUGGACCAGAAAUUUUUUGGUGAAUUUCUCUUCCGUGUGAACGCGCCGUUAUUACGUGAAGAGGGAAGUUAGGUCCGCGCGACACCGAUAGGUGGCGGCAACAGUACGCGGCGCGGAACAGGAAAAGCCGGCUGGCAGUCGAUCGUUGGCCGUCACCGCGCGAGGAUGGCGAGGUCGUCCUUGGCUUGACUGUCGGGUUAUCCGUUUGCGCGCGACGCGAUUGGUCAACGGCUCUUCCGUUAAGCCCCGCCUACCAGGUGGCCGUUCGAAAGUGUAUAGUUGUGUUUCCUUACGCCGAAACGACGGGCGCUGCUCUCCUCGAUCACCGGACUCGGCAGUUCAAUUGUAAGAAAAAUUUGAAAUGAGUCGUGUCGACGUGCUAAUAUGCGACGGUUGAGUGGGAGUCAAGCAGGUGAGAAAUCGCGAGCGCGCUCGGGGGUGAUUCGCCGAUAACAUUGUUCACGGGGUGCUACGUCGCGCGUUAUCGCGUCCGGGGGGGAGUCCCAGCUCCUAUCGCGAAUAUAGUGUGUCGACUGAUCGUGAGAGAAAGAGAGAGAAAGAGAAAUAUAUAGAAUAUACGACACUGUGAGAAGAGGUGGUGACGGCGGCGGCGGCGGCGGCUGCGACGACGACGACGACAACGACAACGACGACAACGACGACGGCGGCAGCGGUGGCGGCUGCGACGACGGCGGAGGAGGAGGAAGAGGUGGUAGUGUGAAGGAGCGAGAAGGAAAAACACAUUUCGUGAGGGAACAUCUCGUCUCGUCGCGCGUCAAAAAUUCCGGUUGAAGACUCGUCCGUCGUCGUCGGUGUUCGUUCCGCGCGCCGUACGGCGCGAAGUUCGCGCCGCGCGAAAACUCGUCCGCUUCAACGACGGUGAGAAAGAGGGAAAGGAAGAGAAGUUUACGGCAGAGAAACACGUUGGUGCCGUGAAAAAAAGAGAGAGGACGGAACAGAGAGAAAGAGAGAUAAGUGCGUGUCGUCGUGCGCCGCUCUACGGCGUUGCCCGAGCAGCCGAACGAAAGACGUCAGCUGUGUUGCUGCGCCAAGAGGACCGUGAGUCGUGCGCGGAUAGGAGCGAGACCGUGUGGGCGAGCGAGACAGUGCGAAGCCGCACACGGCGAAAUGGGAGACGGAGAAAUGGCGCUCGGGCCAGGUGUCCAGUAUGGUUUGUCGUCACACGGCAAUUUCGACGAGCGGAAGUCUCUGAUGUUUGUGAAGCUCACCGACUCAUCGUAUCGUGCCAUCCAGGAGUACCUCAAGAACCGGUUGAGGAUUAGCGAGAAACCUACUAUACAGUUCCUAGGAAAUGAAGGGCAUCUCAGCAUUCCAUCCAUCCACGGAGCGGCCGGAUUCACCUUCUGCCUCUCUAGCAACCACGACAUCGAGGGUCCCCAGGGUGGCUUCGAGUGUAUCCAACAGACCGGCCCUAAAAGCCUCGAGAGCCUCGGCGCCAUACCGUACAAGAUGCGGAUACAGGCAAACGACGACGUUUACGAGACCACCAGGCAUAGAAUGGCGGUCGCCGAGGAGAAUAACAAGAACAAAUGCACGAGGGUGAUCAAGGCGAAUGGUCCAGAUAUCGGUCGCAAGGUGAAAGUGAAAGGAACCGGAAGGACAAUACCUCCUCCGUCAUCCUACGCAAGGCAUCGGGAAUCUACGACGAGCAUUCCAACUUCCGGCAGUAGUCAGCCCAAAACCUCAACCAACAAGCCGGUCGCUAGUAAUAAUAGUAAUAGUAAUAGUAGUAACCAUCUAACGGCAGCUCGCAAUCCGGAGAAAAAAAUUUCCGACAUUAUGCGCAGGCCACUUAAGGAAAGGCUUAUCCAUGUUCUUGCUUUGAGGCCCUACAAGAAACCCGAGCUUUAUGAUCGCAUCACCAAAGAGGGCUUAAGAGAACGAGAGCGACACGCUCUGACGACAGUUCUGAAGCAAGUGGCUUCCAUACGUGACAACACGUAUCAUCUGCAUAGGCACAUCUGGAACGACGUGCAGGAGGAUUGGCCUUUCUAUACCGAGCAGGAAAAGGCAAUACUGAGGAGGCGGAAACCUCAAAACCUUACGCCACCUGGCUCGAGUGAUGGUGGUUCCAGCGGCAGCGGUCAGUCACCCAAUUCCAUUCAUGCGGGUUCACCACCGGCGAUCACGGCACCUCCGCCCAACUUGAUUGGUAAUAAGAGACCGGGGUACUAUCAGGGUAGCGACGGAUUACCGACGAAGAAACCGCGGAUAUCGCAUUAUAGAAAACCCGAGCCCAUUUCCUUCAUCCCUGCCGGCGAUAGAGUGUCUUGCAGCGGCAGUUAUAGUAAUAAUAACAGUGGUGUUAGUGCAACCACCGGCGGUGAUCGUGUAGUUGAUCGCACCACCGGCGGUGACCGUGCCGUCGUCGAUCGUACCACCGGCGUUAAUAGUGGUUAUGGUAGCGGCAAUAGUGGCGGUGGUAGUAGUAAUAAUAAUAGCGGCGGCAGCGGUUUCGACGGUUGGGAAUCGAGACAGCAAUCGCAGCGCGAACGCAGCGGCAGCAGCAGCAGCAGCCGUGUCGAUUAUCGGGCCGAAAGGACAGCAAACAGUGAUGUACUGCGAGGGAACAGCUAUAGUGACGCUGUCGCUGCUGCUACUAUUCCCGCGGUUCCAAUCAGUUCCAGUCGACCAUUGUGCUUGACACCGUUGUCACCUAGUGAUAGUGAAAGAAGCAACCCUCAUCAGAACGGGCACGGACACGAUGGUGGUGUCGUCAAUGGAAGUACCGCGGGUAACUCGAACGACGUAAAUGCCGACAGGAGAGACAGGAGCGAUAGGAGUCGAGGGAGCGAUAGGAGCGAUAGGAGAGAAGAGAGGAACAGGGAGAGGGACUCCAGAAAUAGGAGUAAUAUCACGAGUGAUUUGGCUUUCUUCGGUGAAGCCUCAAAUAGCGGUGCUUCUACUUAUAUCGAUAACGCCAAUGAUCCUGCCGCGAUCUCAUUACCGACUGAUGGGUUCGAAAGGUUGGAAAACAGCACGUAUCCCGAUUAUCGCACGUACUAUACAACAAUAAGCAAUCCGGAACAGAAAAGACGUUACAAAGAAGAGUUCUACAGGAACUAUGGCGAAUAUUGCAGGCUACACUCUGAAGUGCUCGUAACCGCGAAUCGUUUCACGCAUUUGUACUCAUUAUGGCAAGAGUAUAAGGCAUCGGGCAACACGACUGGAAGCGAGGAAAUCAGAGAACGAAUAUUUCGUGAGUACAAGGAGACUAAGCAGGAUCGGGUAUAUCAGCAGAUGAAGGAACGAUUUGAUUAUCUGCACAAUAAGCUGAGCCAUAUAAAACGACUGAUCUUAGAGUAUGACAGUGAGAACGUUGCCGAUAGAAUGUUGACUGCGGACAAUGUUGAUAGCGGUAUGAUUAGCACCACUAACUCUGUGAACAACGGUAACAACAACACCGGGGGUAUCGAUAAUCGGCAUUACUGACAUAAACUGAAACGACCGCCUCUUGUCUCCCUCCUUUUUCUCGGCACUAUCAAAAAUAGUGCUGUAAAAUCUGCAUUUUCUCGGCAAGUUCUAAGGCUGAUUUUUCACGGUCCACAUGGUUCCUGUGUUCUAUCGCUGGAAAGUCAAGUGACUCCAAAUGGCUUGAGGUUGCAAGAUCACGUGUACAAUAUUUAUCAUGAGGCAACUUGCAACAAUGAUAAAUCGUACGCAAGAUAUCUUUCCUGUAAAUCCUCCCCACAUCUC